AUUUAUUUAUUUUUAACAUCCAAUAGGACGUCAGAGUCACAGCAAGAAAACAGGCAACCUGACGUUUUUUCCUUCACUAUCCGCUCAGGGAUAAUAAUCACAGUCAAGGUUUUGCAUCGCAUUUUCCUGACAGGAUGUCAUCUGAAAAUGCUGCGUCACAAGAAGCCAGUCGGCCAUCUCUCGAAUCAAAGACGGAGCCUUUGAGGAUUGUACUGCUGGGCAGGACUGGGACGGGCAGAAGCUCCUCAGGAAACACCAUGCUGGGUAGACCGGCCUUCUGGGUUGAGUUGUCCCCCUCUUCUAUCACCGCAAGGUGCAGGAGACAGACCGGGACAGCAGGUGGUCGGAGUGUCUCGGUAAUCGACACCCCAGGGUUCUUCCAUACAGACCUGUCCCCACAGGAAGUCAUGGCCGAGGUGGGUCAGAGCGUUAGCUUGUACUCCCCAGGACCCCACGUGUUUUUGGUGACCCUGCAGCUAGGCAGGUACACCCAGGAGGAGCGAGAGACCUUGGAGUGGAUCAAGGCGAUGUUUGGGGCCGAGGUAUCCAGAUUCACCAUGGUCCUAUUCACCUGGGGCGACCAGCUCCGAGGCAAAUCGGUUGAGUCCUUUCUGGACGAGAGUCCGGAACUGUCUGGGUUUGUCAGCAGCUGCCACGGGGGGUAUCACGUCUUUGACAACAGCAGGCAAGAAGGGACGUCGGAGUCCCCAGAGCAAGUCUUAAACCUUCUUAAAAAGAUUGACGAGAUUGUUUCAAACAACCGAGGCAGCUGCUACAGCAACGUGAUGUACAAGGAGGCUGAGAGUACAAUAAGGGAGGCAUGGGAGAGGACACUGGAGGAGAGAGGAGCCAAACGUCCGGCGUCUCUCAAGGAAACUGAAGGAAAGGAGAACGCAGAAGACUUGGAGAGAGCGAGGAAAGAGGCAGAGGAAGCCAGGAAGAGAGCCGAAAGGUUGUUCUGGUGCGAGCUGGUAACUGCACUGGGCAGAGGAGCAGCAGAGGGGGCAGGCAUCAUGGGAAAGGACAAAAGCAAACCAGUGAAGAAGGUGAAGGUGGUGGAGAAGGCGAUGGGUCUGGCGGCGUCGCCGCUCUCCAUCAAAUCGGCUGCGAAAGUGCUGGAGGGAGCGGUGAAAGAAGGCAGCAAGGUGCUGCAGAAACACAAGAAAACUCUGCUGCACUGACAGACUCGCCGACAACAUGUUGGUUUGAGUCUCUGAAUCAAGAUGGAUAACCUUUAUUACAAAGACGCGACGCGUUGAAAGGAAAACUCGCAACAGCGUUCUGUUGAUCACAUCAAACACUUUCAUCUUAAGAGCACUUUGAGACUGGGAAGUAGUGCGAAUGUUUCUGAAAACAAAACAUGACCAGAUCUUUGAGUAAAGAGAAUUCCUCGCGUAAUAAAAAGAAAAAAAAUUUGGGUUUCUGAUUUCUUUGACUAACACUUUUGAAAUUAAAAAAGAAACGAGAAAGUUUAGCUACUGCAGCUUCUUUGGCUUUUCAUAACACAAUAUGAUUUUAAGCCCUUUUUUUUACCCCUUCCCCCCCCCCCAACAACAACAACAAAAAUUACACAAGACAAGGUAAACAAGAAAUAACCGUAACAAACUUGGCAAUAGUAAAUACAGUAAGUUAUUCAGGGAGUGCCUAUGAAUCUGUGAGAAAAUAAAACAUUGGGUUUUCACAUGUAGGCCUGGACGUUUGGUGAUGUUUAGUUUAAAGCUGCGGUCUACCUGAGUGCUCAAAACACCUGCUGGAACAACCUAAAAGUUUGUUUUCAUGCAUUCGACAUUCAAGACUGUUAGUACAAAAACCAGGCUGGUUAUUUUGAAAAACUUCAGAGUCAAAAGCAGUUUCUGAAAAGGAAAUGUUGGGACAAAAAAUACACACUCUGCACGCUGUAAUCUGUAGAGAGCCACGGCGUUCACCGGCGAUGAGCAGAAUGACACAUCCGUAGCGCAUUGUUGCAUACGCACUUAUACGAUUAUGCACGAACACAGACUUAAAGUACCAGUCAAACAAAACA